CUCCAUUAUAUAUACAAUCCCCUGCAUAUCAUAUCAUACCCCCAUCACUCAAUUCAAAUCCCCUGUUUUCAUAUUGUAUCUCAACACACCUCACACAAUUGUAAUUUAAUUUGUUCUCCAAUUAAUUGGUGUAGUAUUUUGUUUUUCAAGUUGGAAACCACAAAACAAAUGGAAUUAAAGAACAUGGUGGCUAUGAUUGCGCGUAGCGGCCGACAGUUGCAGCGGUAUAACAAGGGCCACCGGCAAGUUGUUGGAUGUAUCCCUUAUAGAAUGGUGAAAGGUAACAAAGGGAAGAGUGUAGAAGAUGCAUUAGAAGUUCUUGUCAUUAGUGCACAAAGAAAAGGCAAAGGAAUGUUGUUUCCUAAGGGAGGACGGGAAUCCGAUGAAACGAUGAUAGAAGCCGCGCUAAGAGAAUCUGUGGAGGAGGCUGGAGUGUUUGGAACCGUUGAGUGUGUAUUGGGUAAAUGGCACUUUAAGAGCAAAAGAAACGAAACAAUGUAUGAAGGGUACAUGUUUCCUUUACUUGUGGAGGAGCAACUCGACUUAUGGCCCGAAAAGAACAUUCGGCAAAGAUAUUGGGUGAGUGUACCAAAAGCUAAAGAAGCUUGCCAACAAUCUUGGAUGAAAGAAGCAUUGGACUUGCUAGUAAAACGUCUUGAGUCAUCUACGACCAAGAUUGACGAGGAAUCCAUCUUGUAGCUCACUAAAAACUAGCUCAUAACAUGUAAACAGAGUGCACUUGGAUCGCUAGCUUGAGAGCAUAAGUCGGCUUUUUAAUGCGAUCGCGUGCUUAUCGAGGAUCAAGGCAUUAGGAAAGAUCAAAGAAACCAAGGUCACAUAGGUCACAAGUACAAAGAUUGUUUCUUGAUCCAUCUUUCCGAGUGGAUAAUCUCUCACCAAGUCAAUUCUGAUAGAUACUUCUUGUUUUUUGGCAUAAAUUUCCACAAAAAUAAUAGUUGGUUGGGCCAUAUUUAUUUAGAAAAAUGUAGAUGUGAUAUCACUAUAGUUUUUCAUUUGUUUAGUUUGAUUUGUCGUAUAUAAACUAUAGUGCAACAAGUAGUACGAGACGUGGAAUUUCUAAUCUUA